AAAAUGAAGUUCAAAAUGAGUCUUCUUUUGUGCAUUUUCUUCACUCUUCUACUCAAACCCUCUACUUCACUUCAACUUGAUUUUCAUCCUUCUUUCACAUCACUCCCAAGGAAGCUCAAUGCCAUGUACAAGGUGGCUACUAAAUCAGGGAAUAAAUUUGAGUCACAUAUGAAGGCAAAUGAAGAUUUUCUAGGUGAAUUACAGAAAAAGGAAGUAAAAAUGGUGCAAAUAACAGGAGAAAAAUGGAGAGAAUGGGAGGAAAGUCAUGAAGAACUAUCAGAUUUAUUUACAAUGGAUUAUAGGAGAGUUAGAAGAAGACGACCCAUCCAUAAUAAAUCUCUGCACCCUUAA